UUUUUCUGAACUGUUCAAUUAAUGAUGAGAAUGUUGAUAUCCAAAGGAGAUUUAAUGCACAAGCGAAGAGUUUGAGUGUACACCCAAAUGAUGAGGAAGAUGUUGACAACACAGAAAGCAGCAGGACAAGUGAGUCAGCAAUCAAGGAUAAACCAAAAUUCAAUCUCAUAGAAUUUCAAAACAUAGUUUUAUCUAUCAAAGAUAGUGACAA